AUGACCCUCUGUCUUGUCGGCGCGGCGCCAACCCAAGCCAACCAGCCCAGGUCAAGCGGAGGGAUGCCCUUCCCAUCGCCUGACGGCAAGGAGCUCGCCAAGCUACGCGAGCGGGUUGUUGCCUUCCACACUACUGAAGUUGAAGGCGCCAAGACAGAGAACGGAGGGUACUUGGGCUGGGAGCUUACCAAAGAGCUCGACAAUGCUCCUUCCGAGGUGUUGAGGCCGCCACUGGAAAUGGCAAAGGAAGAUGCGUCCGCGGAGGUCACCACGGACAUCCAGUACGCCAAGCGCGCCGAUAAAAUGGAUUGGCAAGACUGGCCAGAAGACCAGAAGCAGCUCGUCAUCCAGCUCAUCAUUGACGAAUUUCAUCUGCACAUGUGGAUUGCUAAAAUCGAGUAUGAGACCUCAGUGGAGGAAUGGACCGCCGUGACGGAGCUUGGGGAGCUGCAGGAGUGGUUGGUCAAGGAGACCUGGCAAUCAGUCUACCAGUGGGUGAGGGACAAGCAGUACAUCUUGAACAUUGUCACUGCGGGGGAGUGUAAAAUGGAUAAACAGGGCCUUAUCGACCUGCCCAAGGAAUGGAGGUGUGAGCAGUUCUGCGAGGAGUGGGGGCGUUGUUGA